AUGUUCUCCAUCACGCUGCUGCUGCUGCUGCUGCCGCAGCAGCAGCAGCAGCAGCAGCAGCUACGAACCGCAGCUGCUGCAGCCAAGUGCUGCGCGAACCCCUUCCCGCUGCUGCUGCGGGCGCCUGUUGCAGCAGCAAAGUCCUCAGCAGCAGCAGCAGCAGCAGCAGCAGCAGCAGCAGCAAGUCGGCUCAGAGGCCUCUUCGGGCUUGCGGCUCCUCGCGCCGCUAGUCCUUCUUUCCUUUGCUGCUGCAGCAAGCUGCUGCAGCAGGCAGCAGCACGCGCUGCUGCUGCUGCUGCUGCUGUUGUCGGCGGCGUUGAUAGAUUUGCUGCUGCUGCUCGGGACGCGCAGCUGCUGUCGCCUGCUGCUGCCAGCAGCAAAGCUGCUGCUGCACUUGCUGCUGCUGCUGCUGCUGCGGGUCGCCGCCCGCUGCUGCUGCGUGCAGGCCUGCGCACUGCAGCAGCAGCAACAGCAGCAGCAGCAGCAGCAGCGCGAGGCGUUGCAGCAGCAGCAGCAGCAGCAGCAGCAGCUGGCCACCGCCUCUGCAUGCACCCCCGUGUAAAGAACUUCGCUGCUGCUGCUGCAGGCCAUCGGUGCGUGCAGCCGUUUGUUGCUGCUGCUGGAGCAGCAGCAGCAGCAGCAGCAGCAGCAGCAAACAGCAGCACAAAUGCCCUGAGGUGUACGUACGUCAGGGGCCGCCCGUCCUUACUUACUGUUGCUGCUGCUUCGCUGUGGCUUUCUGCUGCUCUUGCUGCUGCUUCUGCUGCUGAAUAUAUAGGAAAGGCCGUGCUGCUCCCCUAG